CAUUUGAAAGUCCCUAGAAUUCUGCCUCAAAUUUCUCCCUACUACCUCUGAGUUGAAUAUUCGUACACUAUUCAACACAAUCUAAUGUUGUUCAAUACACAAACUUACAUAGCGUGUAUCAGAAAAUAUUAGAGAGUAAUACUAGGCCACUAUAAGACCACUCUCACGCGAUCCAUCUCGUUGAUCCGUGAGAUCAUUUGUUUCCCGGCGGCGCUGCGCUAGCAGCACGUACGUAUUUAUUCGCCGUGAUAUUCGGCUGUGGCAGUGCGUUAUUUCUCUCAGAUUGUCUCAGGUAUGUAGAGUCUUGAAAUUGAGACAGUUGCGGCCGACAGUUUGCGAAGAGGAGAUGAACGCAGGCCGAUGACACGCCCGCGGGCGAUAGCAAUUGUACCCCAAGUGUUCGCGACGCAUCAACGAAAAAAAAGAGGAAAAGACGGACCACGCUAUAUUCAACGAGUUUCAUUUUACUUUUCGUGCUCUACGUGCUGUUGACAUUGAUGUGAGUGCGAACCAGUGCGAAGACUGCUAUGCGUUCACAGGAUCUUCCUCCGUGUAGCUAAAUAAGUUUGCUGAAGUCGAGUAGCCACGACGACUUUAUACGUAACAUCAGAUUUCCAGACGACACCCUAUUUUAUUAAUUAUAUUAAUUAGCAGCGGAGUACGAGCAGUACAAAUGAAUAAUCAUUGCGGGGUGACAUCGCUCCCUGGAGAAAGGAAUGGCUAGCCUGACGGUCAGUUCGACAAGUAAGAACAGCUCGAGGAGUACGUCGCCAAGUCGAGGAAACAUUUUAGCAUCUCAAGUGCAGCAGACACCACCCGUCAAUCUGGAUCACACGCCUAAGACACGUAAUGCCACUGUCUGUCAAUCUGGCGAAGGCAGCACAGGCAGUGGCAGCAGCGGUGGUGGCGGCGGAAGUUCAGCCAUGAAGAGUACCAACCGGCAGAGAUCACCAGGUGCCAUAGUACGCGCCGGAGACACCAUGGACGAGACAAAUACCAAUCCGACCACUGGCGAACUGGAAGAGUUUGUGCCCAACGUACAUCCGCCUACCGACGACGAAGGUGAACCAUAUCACGCGACUCAAUCGUUCCUGUCGAACGGAUCUUCCGAAUUGAUCAGCGAUGAUGUCGAUUCCAGUGGCGCUCGUGUUCGUCAGGCGAUGGAACAUGUUCAAAGUAAAAUAGCCAAGACACGAGAACUCAUACGAAUAGAGCAAACGACACGAGACGAAAACGUCAACGAGUACCUCAAACUGGCUGCCAACGCAGACAAACAGCAACUCACAAGAAUCAAGACUGUCUUCGAGAAGAAAAAUCAGAAAUCUGCGCACAGCAUCUCGCAGCUUCAAAAGAAGCUCGAUAGUUACACGAAGAAGUUAAAGAGUUACGAGAUGAACGGUCCACCUACGAGUCAUCGGCAGCCUCGCGAAGUACUUCGAGACAUGGGCCAGGGUCUCAAAAGCGUGGGCGGCAAUAUUAGGGACGGGAUCACUGGUUUCUCGGGAAGCGUCAUGUCGAAGCCACGAGAAUUUGCUCAUCUCAUCAAGAACAAGUUUGGCAGUGCCGACAACAUAAACACCCUUUCACAUGGCUCGACAUUUUAUGUAAACGAUACUACACCGCGUGCAGGUAAUGGUGAUAACGGUAGCGUCGAGGACGAGAAGACGCAUCAUGGUUCAGCGACCCUUCCUGGAGGUUGUAGCUUAGGAUCGACUCACAGUGCGGCAGGGAUGAAAUUUCCAUCGGAGGAGGGUUCCGAGUGUUCGAGCGUGACGAGCGAGAGCGCACCAGGAAGUCGAGGACAGGCGCACACGUGUCACGGUACCAGUGCGGCAUUUAGCCUGAAAUCCAUAUUCUCGGAGCUCCAGGAACACAGAGAGAACUUCGAUCGGCUUAGGGAGAAGCUGGAAGGACUUAAAACGAUCCAGCAGGAAGUGACGUAUCUGUCGCACGCACUUCAGGAAGAGCGGUUCCGGUGCGAACGACUCGAGGAACAAGUUAACGAUCUCACGGAACUUCAUCAGAACGAAGUGGAGAACCUCAAGCAGACUAUCACCGACAUGGAGGAGAAGGUUCAGUAUCAGAGCGAGGAUCGUCUCAGGGACAUACACGAGAUGCUGGAGAGUUGUCAGACGAAGAUCUGCAAGAUGGAGCAUCAGCAGCAGCAGCAUCAGCAAUACGUCACCCUUGAGGGAAUUGAUAACAGCAAUGCCAGGGCGCUUGUCGUCAAGUUGAUUAACGUCGUGCUGACGGUGCUCCAGGUCAUUCUUUUGUUGGUAGCGACAGGUGCCGGCAUUAUGAUGCCCUUCCUCAGGACCAGCUGUACUAAGCCUCAUUGUUUCAUGUGCAGGGUGCGCAUACUAACGACGACAUUCGUCGUGCUGGGCAUUGUCUUCGUGCUCAAGCAAUGGCCCGAGGUGCACGAUGUGGGAAGUCACCUUAUGCGCCAUCUCAAGCAGACACUCGCCGUCAAGUAGCAUUGGUGGGACACUUAGAUUUAAUUAGAGCGAUGCUGAAGAUCGACGAAAGACGAUCAUCGUGUACAGGGCUGCUCGGCCACUUUGGAUCUGUCUGCCGAUGCUGGCAUGUCCAAGCAAUAAAAGAAAAAGAAUGUAUACAGAGUGUCGCUUAGCUCGGACAAUGACUUCUUGGACGUUGGUACCGUUCUCUCUUUGUACGGUACUGGGAAUUCGUCACGAGUCGAAGGGACACAUGCUCACCACACAAAUUACACGAUAUCGCUUGAGUUACUAGUUAGGUGUUGUCGCUAGAUCAUUUUUUAUUUAUCUGCAUCGGAUAUAGAAGAAUUGUAUUAUAUCAUUAGCAAUUGUCAUAACUACAGUGAAUUUAAGGUUGUCGUCCUUGUUUUUUUAAGCAAACAUUAAAAAUUUGUACAAGAGAUGGUCAGAGACAAUGACGUUAUAUGUGCGCGGUCCGCGCAUUUGUCUUGUGUCCGUCACGCGCCGAUAUUGUUAUAUUGCGUCCAAUACGAUCAUCUCGUACAAUCAAGAUGAUUUUCACGACAAACAAGUCAGAGACGCAACGCGGAUGAAGUUAAAGUGCAGAAGAGAAAUAUGAAGAGUGAGAAGGAAGAUCGAUUGAACUGUGAUUCCUUACUACGCGCCUCGGCUGUUUUAUCAGUCAGUGUGAUAACGACGUGCUUGAAUGAGAUGCGCGAUGCAACGUCGUGACGUCAUGACGAGUCAAUCUUUGAAGAAAAAUUCAAACGUCUACGAUCGAUCUCCAGAAACGAGAUAAAUAAUUGAAUUCGAAGGAAACAUCCAAUAAUCACGAAAUCGUCCAGUUGCUAAACAAUAAUAUUGUACAUUCUAAAUAUUGUAUAAUCUAACAAGGGGCGGGGGUAGGAGGGGGGAUGAGAUCGGCAAGGGACGCGCGAGAUACACGUUGUGCAUCUCGUGAACGUGAAGUCUCAAAUUUGAGGGAAAAGAAAAUUUGUACAUUAGCAUUGUUUAGCGUUUAUUGUUAGUUUGUGAGUGCCGAGUUUGAACAUUGUUGGUUACGUUGUCCAGUGUGGCACAGAGUGGGAAGAACAAUUGCGAAUCGUCUUACGGCUGUUUAUUUGUCAUCGGAUGACAGCUCGAUGACACGAAUUUAUUCCUAUGGACGAGCGUUAGUUUGGUCGUGUCAAAAAGGACGGUCCUUUGCACCAACCAAAUUGUUGUAUAUCGAUUAUAGGAGUAAUAUUGUAUUUUUGUUCUGUAAAAAAUGGGGGAGGGAUAAAAACGGGACAUGAUGAAGGAUACGCAAUUCAGUAUUAGGAUUUUGUCUACGUCUGGAUCUCUGUGUGUGACUCACAGGUAGCACCGAGUCGCAUUGAUUUACGUGGCGAAUUGGAGUCAUCACAGACACGGGGUGUGGUAUGCGUGUAAAUUAAGAUUGACGAGUGUAAGGGAAAAUGGACCAUGACAGAUUAUUGCAAUGAGAGAAAGACUGAAGGACUAAAUGGUUACAUUGACCGACGUGUAACGUGUGUAACGUAACCUAACGUAUUCGUGGCAAUUUUACGUUCGUCGAGUGGCCGGGUAAAGUAAGAUGAAAAAAAACAAAAAUGUAGUGAAUAGUAAAGAAAAACGUUAAUACAACGUCGAGCGAGCGCGAUUCGCGAUGAACGCUUUGGAGUUCAGUGAUUCUCUGAUACUCGCUUAUCUUUGCGAUGAAGAGAUUGCAAAGGAGAAAAUUGAUUAACGUGAUACGAUUCUUGGAUAUCGUUAUCGCUUUGAUCAAAUUGGCUGGAACGUUAGGUCAAUUGGAAACAUUCCAAAUUUCUAACUAAAAUCUCUCCUCUCGACCUGUCUCUAUGCUAGCGUUCGACUCCUAAACGAAUGAUGAAAUAAUAAUUUCGAAUUGUUGGCGUUUGCUUUUACUAUGCGCAACUUACGUCUACGAAGAAUUUCAUGCUCCUUCGGAAGUGGAUUAAUGACUUUCACAGAGUUCAGUUAAAUUAUUAAUCCACGCCGUGGGACCUUAUUCCUAGAAGCGCGAAAUUUAUCUUUACUUCGAAUUAACAUAUUUUUUUAUACCCGUUAUCGUAUAUCGCCACCUGUCUAUCAAUGAAGAUUUAUACAUUAGAUCGUGUAUCGAUUGUCGUUCAUGGUUUACUCGGAAAUAACUCUGUGUAGAGAACCCGGAAGUGACGAGGCGAAGAACGAGGAGCUGUCGUAACUCUGUUAAAAUGACGUCAAAUCAGUUUUGACGAUUUUUCUAACCUAACCUAACCAAAAUGUCUUAAACAAAGAACAAAGGAAGUACGUAAGGCUACAUGCAUCAAAUCAUCUCUCUCUUAAGACGCACUGAAUAAUAUUCCUUCAUAGCUUCCGAUUUGCCAUUAACUACAGUUUAUUUAAGAGCGAGGUGAUUUGGUACUUCGUAAACAAUGCGCCAAUGACGCGAUGUCUGAAUUCGCGAAGAGGAAUGAAUUUUAUGGUUAGCUGGUCGAGCGAUUUAUCUUAUUAUUCUUCAUCUCUUUUUUUUUUGUUCUCUUUGUAAAAUUUGUCGCGGGCAGCAGGGCCUCUACGUGAAAAUAUUUCCUUUCUUAAUGUUGGAGAAAGUCCCGGAAGUUAUGAGUUAGAGAUGACGACGAUGACGAUGGUAGUGGUGCCUGCUUCAUUGUGAUGAUGCACAAAUUCAGUAUUAUGCAUGCGACGUUGUAGUUGUGAUAAAAAAAGAUAGAGAACUCUAUCGUCAAAGACAUCGCGUCACCAUUUCGUAUCGUUAGAGAAAAAAAUAUCUAUCUACACGCAUAAACACGUACACGCAUACAUACACACGAGUGACUAUCGAUACUAUGUAUAGUUUAAUUGGGUUUUAUUAUUAAAUAAACAUUAUUUAUUACGAAUAGCUUUAUUUCAUUCGCUCGUUAUCAGAAUUCAGUUUGUAAAAUCAAUUUUCGUUGUCGUCGAUCGCAUGUCUGUCUUUGGAGAAAAGUAGUUUUUAUAAUCCAUGAUUCGAGACUCCGCGAACAUUUUUGUGAAAUAUUUCUUAACUGCUGUCGGUGCCAACGCCGAUUAUUAUUUAUUUCUGUGACUAUUCCUUAGGAUCGUAAGACAUUGACUUUUGGUUUUUUUUUUUUUUUUUGAAACUUGCAAAAUUUCACUAGAGCAUCUUCUCUGGGUAUAAAGCGACGUAUUUUGAAUUUAUGACUCUGCCAUGUGACCGUGAAUGAAAAGAAAAAAGAAAAGAGGAAGCAUAUUUGUCAAGUCAAAAUUUUUGGUGUUCCUAAAAACUAUGUCUGUCUUAAUCGUUGCUCUCUCCAUACGGAUUAUAUCGAUACUUGCUGUGACUAUUUAUAAGUUAAAAAAACAAAGUGGAAAAAUAAAAAAUCCAAAAUUUAGCCGCUAAGAAUGAUUUUUGGGAUCAAAGAAAUUAAAGCGAUACUUUUACGAACUGUGAGGCUACGCGUGCUGUAUUUAUCUGCCAAAAUAGUUCUAAUUUUUUACAGUGAACGAAAAAAAAAAAAAAAGAAGAAAACAUAAAACGCGAAACCCGCACGUUGGAGACGUCGCGCGGAUCGGAAUGCAAAAUACGUAGAAAAUCACACGGAUAUGUUAUUGUGAAAAUUAUUAAUUUGAUUCGAGAAUAUUCGUUCGAUUUUAUUAUUGUGAUUUGCGUUUAUCGUAAUCGACGAUGUUUGUCGAUAGCUGAUAUACAUGUGGUACAACAUGCAUAAGGUGUGGAUAAGUUUUAGAAAUGAAAAAUUUUAAAGAAAAAGAAAUACUCUCUUGUUUUUUUCAUCUUUUAUUGUACAUGACAAAUAUUAUAUAAUAUUAAGAAACCAUCGCCUCGUGUUACGUUGUACUCAAAUUUAUAUACGUGAGAUAAGAAAAAACGCGCAUGUGAUAUUUCAUAUUUUGAAAAUGAGCUCCAAGCUCUUAUCAGAACACUGCACUUUAUAUCACUUGUACCCGGCACCCUGUAUAUUACAUCGUCAUAUAUAUAUGUAUAGAGAGAGAGAUUUUGGUGCUUUGUAACAUACAUGUAUAAGACCGCACGACCUUAGAAAAUGAUACACUAACAAAAUUGACCACUGACGUAGCCAAGGAGAGAGGGCCCCUGCCUAUAAACUUGAAUAAAAAAAUAAGGUUAAGAAAGAAAAAAAAAUUGAUAGCAGAAAAAUGUCUAAAGAGGAAAAAAAUUGAAGAAUGUAAAGCAAAGGAGUAAGGUGGAUAACUAAAGAGUGAAGAAUAGAAACAGGCGAAGGUCCCUUAUAGUCUAAUAAAAAUGAAAUGAAAUCAAACAAUUUUCACGUAAUGCAACGAUAGAUGUAUUUUGUACUUUGUAUUAUUAUUGACAAUUUUGAUAUGUCAUCUUUUCAUUUCUUCUUCCUAUCAUCAAAGCCAUUUAACGUUUUAUAUGUAUUUUAAUAUUUAUAACAGUGGCGGAGUGGAUUGAAACGCGUUAUCGUCGUACAGAUUGUCCAAAUAUUUCACACUGGAUAAAACAAUUGUUUUAACGUUAUCCAGAUAAUAAGAAGAAAAAUGCAGGAAAAUUUUGUUUAGCUUUUGCAAAAGUAAACCAGGGGCCUCCUCGUAGACGUGGUAGAAGAUCCUCUUUUUAACACCUAUAGAUAUAAUGCAAAAUAUAAAUAUAGAGGAAACGAGAUUGGGAUAAACGAGAAAGAGAGAGAAUAGAGAACGAAUAAAAUUAAUUAAUUAAGAAAAUAUAUAUAUUGUCAUUGAUGCCUUGCGUAGCUAGUUAACGUCAAAUUAUAGAAGUCAAAAGUAUUUCUGUCGUCAAUUGUAGGGAUGUAUCUGUAGCUGAAGUAAAGAGAAAAAGAAAAAGCUGCGAAAGUCGUGAAUGUUAUCAUCAUUAUUAUUAUUAUUAUACAAGCGAAAAUUACAAGUAAUAAAUACCUGCAUAUAGACGUAACCACACGAUAAAGAUUGUUACACAUUGCCGCCACCCGUCAUAGUGAAACGUAGAUGGAGCUGACUAUAUGUUGUGUCCAAUUUCUUAAUAAACGCCAUUAAUGUAUUCGUAA